CGCCACCCGGGACAGUUUCCGGGCAGGGCUCACAGCCCCGUUCCGAGUCAUGGGGAUUUGGCGGCGUCUGCUGCUUUUUGGUGGGGUGUCGCUCCGGGCUGGUGGCGGGGCCACUGCCCGGCUUGGGGGAAGCCGAGAGAUGGUUUGUCGGCGCCAGUUAUCUGGCGCCGAGAGUGAGACCCUAAAACAAAGAAGAACACAAAUCAUGUCCCGAGGACUUCCAAAGCAGAAACCAAUAGAAGGUGUUAAACAAGUUAUAGUUGUGGCUUCUGGAAAGGGUGGAGUCGGAAAAUCUACUACAGCAGUGAAUCUUGCACUUGCACUAGCAGCGAAUGAUUCG